GUUGCUGAGCUCGAUUUUGCCAUUGUAUACUUGUAGUAGCCGAACAAUUUUUGUUUCUUUACAAUCGCUAGAUCGAUACCCAUUCUCAAAUUUUAUUUUACUCUAUAAAACUGCUAGACUGAAAAACAGGCUAUAAAAUGAGUUUCGGUCUGCCACCGUUGAAAGUGAAGCCGGAGGUGGGCAGCGACGUCAAAGGGCAGGAGGGCCCGUUCGGAGUCCCUGACCCAUUCACUGCAGGGCUGGGAGCGACCAAGGCAAAUGUCGGCAUCGCACAUCCUUUGGAAGUGUCCGAACGUAAUUACCGCUUGAAUGAAGAAAAAAUGAACAUGGCAAUGCUCCGAAACAUCCAGGGUCUCCAUGCACCAAUGAGGCUCAAUAUGGAACUGAACUUUGUGAAUAAGGUGGGCCGACUCCCUUUCCUGCCCAGCUCUAACCUUCAGCGCGACGUGUUAACCGGCCGAGACAUUGAAAUAGGCUUCGAAGACAUCCUCAACACUCCAGACCUGUGCGAAGUUGCCGGCCAACCCCAUGCUGUGGUUGAAAGGUCACUUGGGCUCCUGUGAGAUAUUUCUAAAUGCUAAUUUGUAACUAAACAAACAACUGAACUAAAAGGCUUCUGCAUUAGGACUCAUAGCAUUUGACUUUGAUCCUUUAUAAAUUUGUGUUAAAAUUGUUAAAUACCAAACGGCGCCAUCUACACGAGUAUAGGCCGAAGGUAUGGCGCCAUCUUUUCGAGCAUACAAGCCAUUUUGGGCCUCUUUAGUUUUGGUGUAGGUAGUUUGGUUUCCCCCAUAGCUGAUACCCACUUUAUAUAUAUGGUCCUGACCUGGAAAAUGCCCGACAUUGCUUCGGUUGUCUAUUUGUUCAAUUGUUUGUGUUUAAAUAUAAUAAAAGUAUGUAUUUUUAAA